ACAGCGCGACACAUCGCGUCACGACACAAACACGAGAAAAAAGCCAGCAGCGCCCAUCGCACGAACCCAAGGCAUAACCAUUCGUCCCCAAAAAUGACGAUACCUUCGACGCCCCAAUCAAGAAUCUCAUCCUAUAGAUUAUACGAAAUCACAACCCGCAAUAUUCUAAUCCAAGAUCCAGCUGAAGCUCCCAUCUUUGGGACCGAUAAAGUUUAUGUUUUCUAAUGCGAUCGCCUCACGUCCUUGCUUAUUAUAUCAGGAUCAGGAGUCAGGACCUAUGCUAAAGGUUGGGUUUUUACGAGCCUCUGUCUCGAACGCUCAGACCCAUCAUCUGCUUUUCAGCCUUCGCAGAAUCAAUCUUGCGACAGCCAUCGGCAAUCGCUCAAAGCUCGUCCGAUCGGCAAUGGGUUCUCACAGCACCGCCUCUUCUCAGUCCCCGAAGCUCUUGUUUCGCCAACUCUUCGAGAAAGAAUCAUCCACCUACACCUAUCUUCUCGCGGAUGUGUCUCAUCCCGAUAAACCUGCUGUUCUGAUUGACCCGGUAGACAAAACUGUAGAUAGGGAUCUUUCUGUUGUUAAGGAACUGGGGCUGAAGCUUAUAUAUGCCAUGAACACGCAUGUACAUGCCGAUCAUAUAACUGGAUCUGGUCUCAUUAAGAGUAAGCUUCCGGAGGUGAAAUCUGUCAUCUCAAAAGCCAGCGGUGCAAAAGCCGAUGUUUUGAUCGAACAUGGCAACAAAAUUUACUUUGGAGAUCUCUUUCUGGAGACUCGCGCUACUCCUGGUCAUACAUCCGGCUGUGUCACCUAUGUGACGGGAGAUGGACCUGAUCAGCCUCAGCCAAAGAUGGCGUUCACUGGGGAUGCUGUACUAAUCCGUGGAUGUGGAAGGACAGACUUCCAGAGCGGAAGUUCAGAGCAGCUGUACAAGUCGGUGCAUUCCCAGAUCUUUUCGCUGCCAAAGGAUACGUGUAUCUAUCCAGCUCAUGACUACAAGGGAUUCACGGUGAGUACUGUUGGAGAGGAGAUGCUUUACAAUGCUCGCCUGACAAAAGAUGAGGAUACUUUCAGGGGAAUCAUGGCAAAUCUUAAUCUGGCAUAUCCCAAGAUGAUUGACGUUGCAGUACCGGCGAAUUUGGUGUGCGGCUUCCAAGAUUUGAUCCCAAAAAAUUGCUGAACCUUUCUGAAGGUGGAUUGCUUGGUUGACAGAAAGCAUCUUAAACGUAUAUUCUCCCAUUCGUGCCAUGUGAAUUGUGUAAUAAAAAGACGUCUCCUGUCUGGCAAACAAAAGUAGCACGAGGAGUAGCAACUCGCUGCUUGUUACUGAGCUCGUCGCAUUUCAUUUCACGAAUUGGAUUUGAUCUGAAAGGAUUGGCCUGUCGCCGCCGUUG